CCACCCAGAGUCUGGUGUGGGCAUGAGUGUAGAGGACGGGGGUAGACCAAGCCUGGGCCGUCACAGGCAGGCCCGCUGGACCUUGAUGCUACUCCUGUCCACUACCAUGUAUGGUGCCCAUGCCCCGUUGCUGGCUCUAUGCCAUGUGGAAGGCCGCGUGCCCUUCCAGCCUUCCUCGGCCGUGCUGCUGACGGAGCUGACCAAGCUACUCCUGUGCUCCUUCUCCCUCCUGAUGGGCUGGCAGACAUGGCCACGGGGACCUCCACCCUGGCGCUUGGCUGCCCCCUUUGCACUAUCAGCUCUGCUCUAUGGCGCGAACAAUAACCUGGUGAUCUAUCUGCAGCACUACAUGGAUCCCAGCACCUACCAGGUGCUGAGCAAUCUCAAGAUUGGAAGCACAGCCUUGUUCUACUGUCUCUGCCUCCGGCGCCGCCUCUCUGCACGACAGGGCUUAGCCCUGCUGCUGCUUAUGGCAGCAGGGGCCUGCUAUGCAGCUGGGGGCCUCCAGGAUCCUGGCAGCAUCCUGCCUAGGUCCACCGAGGCAGGAGCUGCCAGCCCCAUGCCCCUGCACAUCACUCCCCUGGGACUGCUGCUUCUCAUCUUGUAUUGCAUCAUCUCUGGUUUGUCGUCCGUGUAUACAGAACUGAUCAUGAAGCGCCAGCGACUGCCCUUGGCCCUUCAGAACCUCUUCCUCUACACUUUUGGUGUGCUUCUGAACCUCGGCCUGUACGCAGGCAGCAGUCCAGGCCCAAGCCUCCUGGAGGGUUUCUCAGGCUGGGCAGUGCUCAUGGUGCUAAGCCAGGCCGUGAACGGACUGCUCAUGUCAGCCAUCAUGAAGCACGGCAGUAGCAUCACACGCCUCUUCGUUGUGUCCUGCUCUCUAGUGGUCAAUGCUGUGCUCUCCGCAGCCCUGCUGCGACUGCAGCUCACUGCGGCCUUCUUCCUGGCCACGCUGCUCAUUGGCCUGGCUGUGCAUCUCUACUAUGGCAGCCGCUAGCCCCUG